GUGAAUUUUGUUUUAAUCACUUCGUGGUGAGGUCAUAUCCGUUGGCCAUACUGCUAGUUGAUCCUCUCGGUUUCCGUGAUUAAUUCGAUGAUGGGAAGACGCAAUUCUGAGAAUAAUGACCGUCGAACUGAACAAUUCCGCAAACUGUUUAUAGGAGGUCUGACUCCUCUCACUACAGAAGCCAAGUUGAAGGACUUUUACUCACAAUGGGGAGAGAUUGUGGACGUAGUGGUGAUGAAAGAUAGUCGUACAAACCGUUCUAGGGGUUUUGGAUUUAUAACAUACAAGGAACCAGAGAUGGUGGAUGCUGCCCAAGCUAACAGGCCACAUGAGAUUGACGGCAAGACAGUAGAGGCUAAACGAGCGAUGCCACGUGAAGAUUCCAACAGUCCUGAGUCCCACAUGACGGUGACUAAACUCUUCGUUGGCGGAUUGAAGAAGGAUGUAACUCAAGAGGAACUGCGUGAAUAUUUCAGCAAGUAUGGCAAUAUCACCGAGUGUGAAGUGGUUUCCUGGAAGGAAACGGGCGAGUCACGUGGUUUUGGUUUCGUCACGUUCGAUGACUACGACCCUGUUGACAAGGCUAUCUUGUACAAGCCCCAUCACAUAGGCUCCAGCAGAGCAGAUGUCAAGAAAGCCCUCAGUAAAGAGCAAAUCAAUACAAUGAAAAAGAAGCAGGAGUCCAGGAAUGACUAUAAUAACAACUAUGGUGGCGGUGGCUAUGGCCCAAUGGGUGGUGGUGGUGGCUACGGCGGAUACGAAGGAGGCUAUGGAGGAUCUUACGGAGGUGGUCCUUAUGGUGGAUAUGGUGCGAAUGGCGGAGGUGGUGGUGGCUACGGUGGCGGUGGUUAUGGAGGCGGCUGGGGUCACAACCACAUGAAUGGGGAUGGCCCAGGUUGGGGUCAAGGAGGAAUGGGUGAUGGAUUUGGUCACUACGGAAACCAGCAGAACUAUGCCGGCGGUCCGAUGCGAGGCGGUCCACCGGGUGGCGGCUACCAACGGAAUGCUCCCUACGGAGGGGGCUAUGGCCGUCGUUAGUCUCACACAGGUAAGGAUUUUCUAGUAUGAGCAUGUUUUCAACGCCUAAUUACUUCUUCGUAUCCGUUGCAGGGUUAGUAUGGCCUCAACAGUUUGGUCUAGGCAGUUCUACUAGCAGAGGAGACAGACUUGUCCUAGCGCCCUCAGGUUCUAGGUCAGCCAGCAGAAAGUCGACAGCCUGUCUAUAGCUGAAGAGGCCAGGGAUCCCAUUAUUCACCGUGUAUAUAUAUCUACUGUUAACUGUUAAUUUUCACUGCAUGUGCAAUCGAGCGUUCUUUUUAACUGUCAUGUCCAUCGCGAGUUAGCAUCCAAUUGAGAGUGACUUUUAUCUUUAAGUGUAAAGUUUCGUAUCAUAUAUGCAUAAGCCCAUGCAGCAUCAUUUUUUAACCAAGCUUUGUCACUAGUAUUGAAGGAAAUAAAAGUGUUGAAGCCAGUUAGUCUUUUGAGUUAUGAGUUUUAUCGAUAGCAGUGAGGGAGGCAAAUGAUUACUGGGCGGAAGACAAGGUUGACUUGGUAGGUCUUCCAGCCCCCUGUUUAAGUGAGCCUGUCUUUGCACAUGGCUAUUCUAAGGACAAGGGUCAGAAGGUAACACCGGAGCUUGCUCCAGUGCUAGGUGUAAUUGUUGCGUAUACUGGGUCCAGGGAGCAUAUAGCAGGAUUGAAGGUCAGAGUAACAAUUCACCUUGUUCACAAUUUUUGAGUGGUUUUGCAGAUCUCCUCGCCGUGCACCCUGGAGGAUUCUAAACCCGUCCGCGACAUGGAACGCAACGAAUUUGGCAGCUCCUGCACUUGUAUGACUGUGAGUCACCAUUUUGCAUGCUAUGAAAAAUGGUCAGAAAUAAAUUGACGGAUUCACUCCGUGUGUACUUAUAUCUUUCUUUUUGAUAACUACUGUGCGUGCGUGAGAUGACUGGCGUCCUGAGUGCAGACAGAUGCGAAAGGAAAGAUUGUCACUGCUUGUUGCGGGCAGAUUUUGUCAGAGCGUGUCACACGGAUGCGUGGUGGUCGGGAGAC